CAUUGUUUGGGGUCCUCACUGGAGGCUCCGCGCCAGUCUCCCCGGUCGGCAGAACAGAAGUAAAUACGAGUGUAAUUUAGGGAGAAAUCUGUGAAACCAAGUCGUUGAGCGGCCAGUCGUCCAACAAUGAACCUAGAUCUGCUCGAGUCGUUCGGGCAGAACUACCCAGAGGAGGCAGAUGGCACCCUGGACUGUAUCAGUAUGGCCCUCACCUGCACCUUCAACCGCUGGGGCACCCUGCUGGCCGUGGGCUGCAACGACGGGCGCAUCGUCAUCUGGGACUUCCUCACACGGGGCAUCGCCAAGAUCAUCAGCGCACACAUCCACCCCGUCUGCUCUCUGUGCUGGAGUCGUGACGGUCACAAGCUGGUGAGCGCCUCCACCGACAACAUUGUCUCGCAGUGGGACGUCCUGUCCGGAGAUUGUGACCAGAGGUUCCGCUUCCCCUCACCCAUCCUGAAACUGCAGUGCCACCCCAGAGACAUGGACAAGGUGCUGGUGUGUCCCAUGAAGUCGGCCCCGGUCCUGCUCACGUUGUCCGACUCCAAACACGUCGUCCUGCCCGUGGACGACGACUCGGACCUGAACGUGGUGGCGGCCUUUGACAGGAGGGGGGAGUUCAUCUACACUGGCAACGCCAAGGGAAAGAUUCUGGUGUUGAACACAAACACUCAGGAGCUGGUGGCUUCCUUCAGAGUGACAACUGGCACCAGCAACACCACGGCCAUCAAGUCUAUUGAAUUUGCACGCAAGGGCAGUUGCUUCCUCAUAAACACAGCAGACCGGAUCAUCAGGGUGUACGAUGGCAGGGAGAUACUGACGUGUGGCCGAGACGGGGAGCCUGAACCCAUGCAGAAGCUACAGGACCUGGUGAACAGGACUCCCUGGAAGCGAUGCUGUUUCUCUGGCGACGGCGAGUACAUCGUGGCCGGUUCAGCCAGGCAGCACGCCCUCUACAUCUGGGAGAAGAGCAUCGGCAACCUGGUGAAGAUCCUGCAUGGGACCAGAGGAGAGCUGCUGCUGGGAUGUGGCUGUAAGAACUGGCAUCCUGUCCGUCCGAUUAUCGCCUCCAUCUCCAGUGGAGUGGUGUCCAUCUGGGCUCAGAACCAAGUGGAAAACUGGAGCGCUUUCGCUCCGGACUUCAAAGAGCUGGACGAGAACGUGGAGUACGAAGAACGAGAGUCAGAGUUCGACAUCGAGGACGAAGACAAGAGUGAACCCGAGCAGACAGGCGCAGACGCCGCCGAGGAUGAAGAGGUGGACGUCACCACUGUCGACCCCAUCGUGGCUUUCUGCAGCAGCGAUGAGGAGCUGGAGGACUACAAGGCCCUGCUGUACCUGCCCAUCGCCCCCGAGGUGGAGGAUCCGGAGGAGAACCCCUUCGGCCCCCCGCCGGACGCCUCGGUGCAGCCCGCCGCCCCCGAGGAGGCGCUGGCCGGCAGCGACAAGAAGAAGCUCUCGUCUGAGGGGGGCCCGACCAAGAAGAAGGCUCGCACCACCACCAUCGAGCUGCAGGGGGUCCCCAGCGACGAGGUGCACCCCCUGCUGGGAGUGAAGGGGGACGGCAAGUCCAAGAAGAAGACAGCCGGCCGGCCCAAAGGCUCCAAAGGUAAAGACAAAGACUUCCCCUUCAGGCCCAAGCCCUACAGCGGCGAACGGCCCUCCUCCCCCGUGGAGGCCCUGGGCAGCUCUGCCCCUGGAGGAGGAGGAGGUGGAGGAGGAGGAGGAGGGAUGAAGGGCAGGGCAGAGGGGGGCCUAGGCACAGGAAGCCUGGUGUCGCAAUCGUACAAACAGCACGACAUGGGCGGGAUGGACUGACCACGGCCGUGUGCGCUUUUUGCGAAGGAGCCUCCGAUCAGGCUGAAACUAAGAGACACAAAGUCCUGAUGUGCAAAGCGUCCACAUGUCCCCAUGUCCCCCUCUGGCGGUGUAGGAUUCUGUAUGUAGGAAGCCCUCGUCCUGAUGUGUCUGUGAGUCGUAUUGUUUUUAUACGUAUUAAAACAUUUGGUUUAUA